AUGGCCUGUUAUACUGCAGGUUUUGGAGAUGAAUGUUUUGGAACAUCAGAGGGCGAAGGUUCCAAUAAGUCAAACCUUCAAGCAUAUAAAAGUGUUCUCAAUUCAAAGCUUACCGAAGAAAGCUUGGCGAAUUUUGCAAGGUGGGAACCGUGCCAUGGUCCUUUCAGAUAUGGUCACCCUUGGAAACAAUAUUUGAAGAUUGGAAGCUUAUUAAGGCAAUGUGCCUGCCUCAUUGAUUCUCUUACUGGCUUCCUUGAUUCUACCAAGACCCCGUCAGAAAUAAAAAACAAAGUGCAAGAGACAUGCAUCCAAAUAAGCAAAGAAACAGGAAAAUCUCUGAAGGAAUUAUCAGUGUCAAUCCAAAAAACGAUUCCACCAUGUGCUGCAAACCCUAGCAUUGAGAAAUCUAAGCUUGUUUCAAUGAACCUCAAGUCCAUUCUGAAAUCAGGGUUAUGGGAAGGGACCAAUCUGUUUGAGGAUAUUCCUAUUAUGACUGUGACUUAUUUGCUGCUUGACGUGGUUUCUUGCACCGAGAAAAUCGCUGAGUCAGUACAUGAAUUAUCCGUGCAAGCAAAAUUCAAGAACAAAGACAGCAAAGUUGCACCAAAUUACCCAAAUUCUCCUCCUCAUGAUCUUCAAGAGAAAAAUAUUGGAGUUCAUCAUGUUAUUACAAUCAACUAG